GGCGGUGCGGGGCCGGGCCGUCGCCCCCAUUCCGCCUGCAUGGUCGUCGCCCCCGCCGCGCCCGCCUCGUCCUCGCCGUCGUCCCGCUCCUCCUCCUCCUCCUCCUCUUCCCGCUCGUCCUGCGGCCGCCGGGCGCGGGGCUAGCAUGCUCUCCCGGGUCAAGUCGGCCGUGGCCAAUCUGAUGGGCGGCAUCAUGGCCGGCGGGUCGGAGCACGGCGGCGGCGGCGGCGGGGGGUCGGACCUGCCCCUGCGCUUCCCCUACGGGCGGCCCGAGUUCCUGGGGCUGUCGGCGGACGAGGUGGAGUGCAGCGCCGACCACAUCGCCCGCCCCAUCCUCAUCCUCAAGGAGAGCAGGAGGCUGCCCUGGACCACCGGCUACGCGGAGGUUAUCAAUGCAGGGAAAAGCACGCACAACGAAGACCAGGCCAGCUGUGAGGUGCUGUUCGUCAAGAAGAAGACCGGUGUCACCUUCACCCCCAGCAAAAACUCAUCGGUGAAGAGGAGGUCUUCUCUCCCCAAUGGAGAGGGGCUACAGCUCAAGGAGAACUCAGAAACGGAUGGCAUCACGUGCCACUACUGGUCGCUCUUCGAUGGGCACGCUGGGUCCGGGGCGGCCGUGGUGGCCUCCCACCUGCUGCAGCACCGCUUGGUGGACCAGCUGCAGGACAUCGUGGACAUCCUGAAGAACUCGGCCGUCUUGCCUCCGACCUGCCUGGGGGAGGAGCCGGACCAGACGCCGGGCCACAGGACUCUGACCAGGGCCGCCUCCCUGCGCGGAGGGGUCGGGGGCCCGGGCUCCCCCAGCACCCCGCCCACCCGCUUCUUUACCGAGAAGAAGAUCCCACACGAGUGCCUAGUGGUCGGGGCCAUUGAAAGCGCGUUCAGGGCAAUGGACUUACAAAUCGAACGGGAGCGGAAGACGUACAACAUAUCCGGGGGCUGCACUGCCCUCAUUGUGCUGUACAUGUUGGGGAAACUCUAUGUGGCCAACGCUGGGGAUAGCAGGGCCAUCAUCAUCAAGAAGGGAGACGUCACACCCAUGUCUUCAGAGUUCACACCCGAGACUGAGAGGCAGAGGCUCCAAUAUCUGGGCUUUAUGCAGCCUCAUCUCCUCGGGAAUGAGUUCACCCACUUGGAGUUUCCCAGAAGGGUUCAGCGCAAGGAGCUGGGGAAGAGGAUUCUCUACAGGGACUUCAAUAUGACAGGCUGGGCAUACAAAACCAUCGAGGAUGAUGACUUGAAGUUUCCCCUUAUAUAUGGAGAAGGCAAGAAGGCGCGGGUGAUGGCCACCAUCGGCGUGACCCGGGGGCUCGGAGACCAUGAUCUGAAGGUCCACGACUCCAACAUCCAGAUCAAGCCAUUCCUGUCUCCAGCUCCCGAGGUGAGAGUGUACAAUCUGUUGCAAUACGAGCAUGGAGCAGACGAUGUCCUGAUCUUGGCCACGGACGGGCUGUGGGAUGUCUUAUCCAAUGAAGAAGUGGCAGGAGCCAUCACCAGCUUUCUGCCCAACUGUGAUCCUGAUGAUCCACACAGGUACACCUUGGCGGCCCAGGACUUGGUCAUGCGAGCCCGGGGCGUGCUGAAGGACCGAGGCUGGCGGAUAUCCAGCGACAGACUGGGGUCCGGGGAUGACAUCUCCGUCUACGUCAUCCCUCUGCUGCACGGAAACAAGCUGUCCUGAGGGCGGCGCUGGCGGGCCCUGGGGCGGCAAAGACCGGGGGAGCGAGGGGGCGGCUUUCGGGAGUGGGGUUGCUGACCGGGGCCCAAGGGCCGGUGAAACUUGGUCAACGGGCCUGGAUGCGGAGCGGAUGCCUAACCGCCCUACGUACGCAGGCUUCGGGCUUCAAGGCGUCCCCUCAUGCCACCGCUGCCUCGCCCCGGGUCCCGCCGCCACACCCCUUCUGGUCCCGGGGCCCAAGCCCUGCACGGCAAAGGGCAGAGGCUGCUACGGCACAUUGGUGUCUCCGCCAGCUCCCGUGGCACUUUCCAGGCCUGACAUGUGACCGUUUGGUUUCAGAGAAGCUGGAGAAGCCACGUUUGAUGGGAGGACAGGCCCGGACCUUGAUUCGGCUUCUCUGCGGGCCUCCAGGCGAGGCACCUGCAGAGGGAUCCAGGUCCCAAGCGGAGCACGGGAAGUGACGGCGGUUGGGGGGGGGGGGGGUGUUCUCUCUAUUCCCGCUUUCCCUACCCGCCAGCGGGCCUGGGUCUCUGUGACUCUUGCUGAGGGACAAGUAGGCGGAGAACCAUCCCAAGGUUCUCCGCCAUGGCAGCCACCCUGAGAGGCUCCUCCGUGGCUGGGGUCCUCAGUGACGGGAGCUCCCAGUCCCGGGGGACCGCAUAGCGCAGGGCGCUCGGCCCCGGGGUCCCUCAGUGCCAGGGGCUCCUGGUGACGGGGUCUUCUGUGGUGGCCACCCUCAGCGUUACUGACCCCCAUCUCUGAGACAGAAGGAAAUUUUCUCUCUGGGUGACACAUUCCUCCCUGCUCACUUUGUUUUUGUCGCAUCGAGUGUGAGGCCCCAGGCUGUCCCCUCUGUCCCCUCAACCCCAGUGGAAAUCACUGAAUCCCAUCAAACAUCAUCUGUCCUCAUUGUGAGAGACUCAGGGCAGCCCCAUGUACUGGCUCCCUGUCGGACUCUCCCCUCAGGCUAGGUGGAGAGUUCCAGCGUCCCCACAGCCCACGCCGCAGCCUUCCGUGCAGUAGCCCCACAGAGCCGUAGAAGCUGCCCUGUCCCCUCUUACCUCGGCCUGGCCUCCUCCCGGGGCAGCGAGACUCAGAAUCCAUCCUGCCUGCUACAGGGUCCACAGCUGUGCUUCCCAGGACCGGCGGGAGGGAAGCCAGGCUCCGGGUUGCCCCUUGGCCCCAUCUUCCUGCGUUAUGGGAGAUUUGGAGCCACUUUGGCGGUGAUGCUGGGGGAAGGAAGGAGGCAAGUCAGAGGAGGACAGGAGACAUUUCCAUGUGGGAGGCGGUUGGGGGCACUGCUUUCUCGCAGGGUAGGGACUUGUGCCAACCCAUCAGCCCAGCGCUGUGCCCCUCGGGAACCUCUGCUUGCAGCCUGAACCUGAGCCAGGGUGGCGAGGGCUUGGCUGAGCUGGCUCCCUGGGGUCUACAAGAAAUGGCUAGUGCCAGGGAAAAGAAUGGCACCCAGACAGCAUUUUGCCAGUCCUGGCCCAGAGCCAUGGGUAGCGUGCGAGGGGAUGAAGCCCCUCCGCCCAGAAGGCCACGCCGCCUCCCCUUCCAGCGGCUCCAAAGGCGUCCUCGAAUGAUUGUGUUUCCGUCUUCUCUCAGGCUUGGGAGAGAGGCGGCCCCGGCGCCCGGCCUGCUGAGCCUCCAUGGAGGCCGCUGGGCUUGGGGGUGAGCAAUGGUUUUCGCCUGCCUCCCUGCUUAGGCGCAGCUUUUCCUCCUGGGCCCAGCUCUGAAUCCUGGGCCACAUGGACGUGUCUAUCUCCCAACCAGUGACCCUCCAGCACGUGAGCAGGAACAGGGAGGAACUCCGACAACCCCCAAGGCACCGGUCUUUCAGCAGCCACCAUCCCAUGAGUGAAUGUGGCCUGCUCCGAGCUGCAGCCAGCUUCUAACUCCUCUCGAGGCCAAAUGUUGUCCUAGGGGCCACCUCUCGGAGGAAGGGGUUGCGUUGGCAGGAUUUGGGAGGACAGAUUUGGGUUGGAGGAUGGUGGUGGGUGGGGCAGUGUGGCAUGGUCAGCUGUAGUUAAGAAUUGCAGCGCAAGAAAGUGAGCAUCAGCCAGUGGCCCCCCUGGCUCUUCCCAGCCCACAGCCCGAGCAGGGCACCGCGCACGGGGGCUGCUGCCCUCCACCCCCCCCAACCCACCUCACCCUCAGGGAGUCCCUGGGGCUCGCAGAUGGGAGGGCCAGCUGACCCCUCCCCACAGAGGGCAAAGGUCAGGGGCACUCAGAAUUCUGCAAAGGACUCGUUUCUACCCAGGGACAUUGUGUGGCUCUGACUUUGAAGCCAAAAUUUCUCGUCUGUAGAUUUCCCAGUCAAGAAGUUGAAUUGUUCUGGGUUUUGUUUUUUGGUUGUUUUUGUUUUGUAAGUAGAUUUCUCCCCACCCCAACUUUCCUUAUCACACUCCAAAUCAUCAGAUGGGCAGACAACCUGACGCACCUCUCUGACACUACUUGAGUUAGAAGAAUGGUCCUCUGACCAAAUGAGGGCCAGCUCGUCCUGCCCAGUGCAGUGAUUUUCUCCCGUUCUGUCUAGAGGCUGGUUCUGAUUCAGGGAUCCAUGGUGUGCAUGUGUUCACUUCCGCACUUCCCGCUGUUGAGUCCCCAAAUCGCGAAGCUCUCCGUCCACCCAACAGUCAGAUAGCCCUUGCCUCCGGGGUCAGGGGGUGAGGCCGGUCGGUCUGUCGGUUGGUCCCUGCUGCUUUCGUCUCUGUGAGUCCUCGGGCAGCUUGGCCCACCAGAGGCCUGCAGUUAGACAUGCCGAGUCGGUGGGUUUUUUUGCCACCCGGCAAGACAGGCUUGUGUCGACCUAGCUGCCCAGUGUGCCCUGCUUCUGCUUUCUCCCCCAGAAACCUAGACCUUAUGAGACUUCAUUUUCAAGAAAAGCAUCCUUGAGGGCCUGGCAGACAAGAGGAGCUUUGCUUUUCCAUUGAACCAACUUGAUAGUAGCCGGGGAGACUUCCCCGAGUCAGGGGAGCCUCGGGCCAUCUUGGUGAAUAUGCAGGGGGUAGGGAUGCGGGCACCUCCAGAAGCUGCCCAUCUUCCUGUAGUUUCAUGAUUCCCCCAAGCAGGAGUUCUUGUAGCUGAACAAGUCUUGGGGUGGUUUCGGUUGCCAUUAUAGGGUGCGGACGCUGGGGCUUUACAGGGCACAGUGCCAGUAGCCAGACUUUCCUAUCGCACCAACACUUUGGCUGUGUAGCAGAUAUGAAUGCCAACGGGGCUGGUGCCCUUCAUGCUGUUCGUGUGCAAGGAGCUUUAUUUUUUCCUCUUUGUCUUUAAGAUAUAUGUCCACGUAGCUGCGCUCUAGGCCCCAACCAAGCAGUGUGGGACACAUGCUGAACCUGGGAGGGUUUUGAAGGAGAAAGAGCUUGCAGCCCUCUGCCAUGAGUACCCAGAGUGAUGGGUUUAUUUUGUCCCUUGCUCCUUUCUUCUUCUCCUCCUCUUUCUCUCUCUCUUUACUUUUUCUGUUCUUUUUAUUUUCUUCCUUUCUUUCCUUUCUUCCCUUUCUUCCCUUUCUUUUUUUCCUUUCUUUCCCCACGCUGCUCAGUCCCCCCAAAACUACAUUAGCUUCCAUCUUCUCUGUGUUCUCCUGGUGACCCAGGGCAGCCUAGAGCUGUUGUGAUAUCUCAAGGGAGAAUCUAGAAUUUCAUCUGUCCCAUUCCCAUACCAGAAACAGCAAGAAGAACCAGUCUGAAUUGGAUUUCAGACCACUGUAUUUUCAUGCUUUGUGACUGUGAAAUGUUGAUUUUUUUUUUUUGUAACCCAAAAACAAAAGUGUUGAGUAAAAGCAUUGGGUUCUAUUUUCUCUGUUUUGAAACUUAAGUGCAAUGUCCCAGAGGAAGGUGAAGAAAUGUCCAUGCUCCAUGAAGUUUUAAAAUAAACUCUAGAUAUGUACAGCGAAA